UGCGGUCACGUGACGCGGCGUGAGGCGGCGCUGUGGAGCCCUCUGGCCACGCCCACAACCCGAUAAUGUUGAAUCAUAACAUUUUUCACCAGAUGUGACGCGUGUGCAGAGUUUGGUGAGUUUUUUAGGGUUUUGUUCAGGCCGCCGAACAUUCGCUUCUUGACGGAGACGAACACUCUGAACCUGGAGAAAACAAAAGGCUGCUCGGGCGUAAAUAUGAGAGAAGACGAGCUGAAGUGGAGGCCGGGGAAUAAAAGUGACGGUUAAGAUAAAAAAAGAUGAUCCCAGUUUCGUAGCGUAGAAGGCAAACAGAAAGGUUUGCUUCACAUAUUUGGUGCGUAAAAACCGAAACACUCCCCGUCUGCAUUAGGACUCUGAAUCUGGUCCCCUGAGAUCAAACAGGUGACGUGUUGUUAAAGUGACUCCUCUGACAUCUCUGGUGAUGACGAGUCGACGGCCUGACGAUGAGCCUCGAUCGUUCCCGUAAAUAAAAACCAAAACCGCUCGACGUUAACGUUGAAAGUCGUUUCUAUAUUUAGUCCCGUCAGCAGUCGGUGAAUCAGUGAAUGACAGCACGUAUGACGGCGUCACCGUGACUAAGAGGAGAGACCGAGACCCUCGUCAGGGUGAAGCGUCAACCAUCCUGUUUACACAUUAAAGUGCUGCAUUGUGGGUAAUGUAGUUUUUGAAUAGGAAGAGGAAACGGCUGAUUUUAAAUGCACAGUGUAUUUUUUUAAAUUUCCGAUGGUGUUUUGCUGUCGGUGCUCUUUCCUGAGCUGUUUUUCACUGAGACGUCAGGACAUUUUUUUGGUUGAUUAGCAGCAACAGAUCGGAUUGUCUGAUGAGAUGCAGGCAGCUUCAAACUCUGUAUUUUGGACAAGAUGUCAGGACCAUGUGCAGCUUUAAAAAGAGGUAUUUCUUGAUAAGACAUCAGGGCCAUUUGUAGGGUAUCACUGUUGAGAUAUUGGGACUUUUUUCAGCUUUAAACCAGGUGUUUAUUUUAUGAAAUGUUGCAGAAGACAAGGUUCGUUUUGAGGAGAUGUCAGGACCACCUGUAGCUGAACACCAGGUGUUUUUUUAGGAGAUGUUGGGACUGUUUGCAGAUUUAAACUGGGUAUUUUUUUACAAAACUUUGGGACCAUUUGCAGCUGAAAACAAGGUAUUCUUUGAUGCAACAUUUGGGACAUGUGCAGUUGCAAAAACCAGGUAUUUUUGAUGUGCCGUCUGGACAUUUUUCCUGCUGUGUUUGUGGCCAAAACACCAUCGUUUCCUGAUCCUAACCAAGUGUUUUUGUGCCUAAACCUUAACCAAACAAUAAACAUUGCAUUUAUUUCAUUAAAAAAAAUGUAAAGUUUGAAUCUGUAGUUUGCAGAAAGUUACAUUGUUCAUUAUUCAAGUGAGUUGUGUGAAAAACCAGGUCAGCUAUGAAGGUCUUCCAUCAGAACAGCACACAAAAGAAAAUGUACCUCCGUUCUAGUUUCCAUCAAAACAUGAUUUUCUGAUGGUAUUCACUGAACUGCGCUCGUUGGAGGGAGGUCAAACACUCAAAUCUUCCCUUUAUUUUAUGUAACCAACCAAUUCUUCAGGUUUCCAAGGAAGAAAUGUGCUGUGGGCUCUCCAUUCAGAGGCGCCCUUGGUUUGUGAAAAGGAUGGUUAGAUGGAGAAGAAGCUGCAGUUAUUCAACAUGUUUUGACUCCUGCAUGAACAGACAGACUGUCCAAAUGUUCAGGUGAGGACAGGAUCCUUCACCGUGCUCUCCGUCCAAGCCUUCACACCAGAUCCUUGGACAUCAUCUGUGCCCUGACACUGAUGUAUUUACAGAUGCUGAAGACUCAUCAGCAGAGAGGGUGAGCUGUUUCUGCAGCCAACACAUCGUGAGUCCUGCUGCUCAUGAACAGCUAAACUCCCAAACGCACCAGUUAUGUCAGAGAUGUGCAGGCGCGCAGGAAAACACCGUGUGGGAAACAUAAAAAUAGAUUUUAAAAAAAGAGAGAGAGAGGCUGAAACGCACCGAGAGAAGAGGAAGAACUCGGUUAAUUAGUGCUCAGACCUCCAGUGUCCAUGACUACAGAGAUGUGUGCAAUUAUGUGUCAGUCCAUUCAUCCAUUUAUCCGUAAUGAGACAGAAACACCUGUUCCUGAGGCGCUAAAAAUAAACCAGAACAUUUAACAAGGCUGCAGCACAUCAGGAUGCUGUGAACGUUUCGAAUGUUCAUCCCGUUUUUUGGAUCAUUUUGGUUCGCAAAAGUUGAAAAAAAAAAAAAAACUCCCCUCCAGAACCCUCCAGCAGCCACUUUUCUGUUGCUGUUGUGCGCCUUUUUUUUUUUUCGGGUUUUGCUUUGUGCUUCUAUAAAAGGAGUGUCCUCUUUUGGUGAGACUCGAGGAGCCGGUGACGCAGGCGCCGUGGGUGUAUAAGAGAGCGCGCCCGGCUCUGGUUCGGCGCACACAUGGAGAAGCAGCUGGGUUGGUAAGAUCUCUGAUCGCCUCUCGGUGUCUCUGACAGAACACGGAGAUGAACACAACUGAGAAGUUCUACCUUCCCGUUGAUGGCAUCCUGGACAUGUUCGACUCUCUCACCGGGCAGUCACGCAUUACGCACCCAGCUCUCCAGAGCGCAGCGCUCCCUCCGGCCACACAGCACCCCAAAGUCUCAAGCAUAUCCAAGGCAGGCAUGGGCAUCAUCAAGACGGUGAGGGAGAGCUGGAGGCAGCACGAGAAGAGAGCGGCUGCCAGAAGAUCCUCGAGCUCUGGGAACAGGCAGCUGUCCACGGAUCGGCUCCCGAAGAGGUCCGUGGACCUGCUGGAGCUGGGACUGGCCAAGCCCAGGAACUGUCACAGAGUGGUGGUGCUCGGUGCUCCCAAAGUGGGCAAAACCAACAUCCUGAGGAGGUUCUUGGGGAACGACUUUGAAGAGAACUACGAGCCCACAGCAGAGGACUUCCACAGGAAGCUGUUCCACAUCGGAGGAGAAGCUUAUCAGGUGGAUCUGCUGGACGCAGCGAGUGAGCGGAACUUCCCUGCCAAGCGGAGGCUGUCCAUCCUGACAGGUGACACCUUCCUGCUCGUCUUCAGUCUGGAUGACAGAAACUCUUUCGAUGAAGUCUGCGCGCUGCUCACCGAGAUCAGAGCUGCCAAAGCGCAGUUACUCAAACUAAAACAUCCCGCGAGAGUUCCGGCUGUGAUCUGCGGGAAUAAAGCGGACCUGGAGGCGCCGGGAGCCGUGAGCCGCUCGGAGGUGGAGGAGACGCUCGGUGAGGACGUCUCCUUCUUCCAAACUUCGGCCAAAGACGGCACCGGGCUGGAGGGUGCGUUCAGGGACCUCGCCACUCUUGGGGGACUGCCUGUUGAGACGAGCCCGUCCCGGCACCAGCUCGUCUCCAUCCUCACCUACCAGUCCAUGUGCAUCGGCCAGCGGGGCAGGGCAGCGAGGCGGACGCGGGGGCACGGCGCGCCCUGCGCCGCCACGGACCCUCUGGCGCGCCGGCCGAGCUUCACCAGCGACCUGCAGCUGGUGCUGAGAUCCAGCAAGCAACACAAACCCGAGAGGUGUCAGAUUCAAUGAAUCUCGAGCCUUCUCACAAACCAAUUGUAGUAGUAUGCUGCAAUGUCGUAUUAUGUAAGGGGUUAUACUCUCAUGUCGCACCUGGCUGGACCAGUGCGUUCAUACUCUGCCUUUUGUAUGUAACUGUAUGAUUAUUGUAUUCCAAUAAAAAAAUAUAUUUCUAA